AUGUCGAUGGAUUUACAGUUUGAAGGUGUGUGUGUUACGGUCGAAUUGAGCUAUGUUGUGUUAAAGGAUGUUUUAGAUGAAGAUUCAGGUAGACCUGUGGCAUCGGAUUUGCGUAGCUUCAUUUCUCUGGAUUUCAACGAUCGUCAAACAUUAUAUGAUCAAGUGGAAGGAUUGAUUGCGGAAAAUACUCCGCUGCUGACACCACUUAACAUGGUUAUGCACUUUUUCAAUGAUGUCUUCUUUAAUUGUCCACUUCCGGAGGCUUCAACUACGUCAAUGCAACGUGUUGCAUCCUUAUCCGAUCAUGGUGGUUUGUGGCUUGUUGAUUCUGCAAGAGAAGUUGUAUCUGUUGCUGUAGUAGCUCAGAUCAGUCCGUAUGCAGAUGACAUAAAAUGCGGUGAAUAUCUCGAUAUGAAUGUGUACAAUCAAGAGAUAAACCUGGAUUCACUUCGAAGAGCUUCUGCACGACUGUUUUUCAACCAAGUGUUUGCAUCUCCGGAUUUUUCGGAUCGAAUUGCAAACAUAUACGCCGCACAUAAUUCUCGUUUUGAAAAGUUGUUGAAUAUUCUGCAAGAAGCAACCGUGCAGUAUCUCGAUUCGGUAAAGGUUGUUGAUGAUAAGUUGUAUCCUGACCAAAGUAUCAACAUGAGUACAUUUGUUGAUCUUCAUGAAUUUGGUCAUUACGGUCUACGGGGAAAAACAACAAACAUAUUCCAAAAUGUCCCUGGUCGGAGAACAAGGCAAUCAUCUACAAUGAUGAAUAUACGUGGACGAUUGCCAGAUCCAAGAAAGUUGAAGUCAUCUGAAAAAGAAAAGAAUCUGAGGGCAUUGUUGACAGACAAGGAUGUCAAUGAUGUGGAAAUUGGUGAACGGCUGUUAGGUCAUUGGCCAGAUUCGGACGGAGUGAUUAGGUCCCUUGCGGAAAGACACGACUUAUCUGCUGUUCGUAUGCACAUACCAGAGGUGUAUGACUCGCAAGGAGCAGUAGUGCAUCCUAUGGAUUAUGAACGAGUUCUUACAUGUGGUCGCAUUGUUUCGGUUGAAUUUAACUUCCAUUUGUGGGAUAUCACUAAAGGAAGCAAUGGGAAAGCAGUGAAUAAGCCGAAUCGUAUUUGCUCCAACAUUAUACGCAAACUUCGCGUAUUACCUGAAGACGAAGAUGAUAUGCGAUUGUUACUUCAUACCGAAGCAAUUAAACGGGCUGAUGAUAUUGAUCGUCUUGCUGAAGAAAGUCGGUUAGCAGAGGAAGCGAGAGAAUUGGCCCGACGAGAAGAAGUCCUCCGUUUGGAACAAACAAUGGCGAAAGCGAAGUCUUUGGCUAAUGCUAAAAAGAUGCGCUUGGAAGAAUUACGCGUUAAAACGACGAAGGAUUCUUCGACUACUUCAACUAAACGAAGUGCCGUUGCAUUGGCUAGUGGUAAUUUAAGAAAAUCUAAACGCCUUGAAUUGAAGAAAGGAUUGGCGGAUGUAGGGGUUGAAGAAGGGGAAAUCAAUGAAGACAUGUUCGUUGAGUUGAGCUGA